AUGCCUCUGAGGCAAAUGAAAGAGAGCUCAGAACAGCACUUUGUGGUCAAACCUCAAUUCCAGAACUCCAUGAAUCCUUUACUGAAGGAUAACAAAACGCCUCAAAAUGGUAAAGGGCCACCGCCAGCAGCUCAAGAAUCUCAGAACAUCAAGGUUCAAAAUCAGUGUUCACCUCCAUCAAAGAAUAGAGGAAGGAGGAGGAGGAGAGGUGGUCGGAAAUCUGAUCAAGGUGAAGCCUUGAUGAGGCCAAGCUCACGGCCUUGCACUGCUGCAGAUAAGCCUGUUGUUCUGGUAGAAUCAUCUAUCCCUGUUGAAGCGACUGCUUCAAUCAUCAGUGCUAAGAAUGAGAACCUCAAUUCUGGUGAAGUGGACAUGGGUUUUCCUUCUUCAAGCAAGUCAUUGAGUUUUGCACCAAGACCUGGUUUUGGGCAGCUUGGCACAAAGUGUAUUGUUAAGGCCAACCAUUUCUUCGCUGAACUGCCGAAAAAGGACUUGAAUCAGUAUGAUGUUAACAUUACUCCUGAAGUGUCAUCAAGAAAUGUGAACAGAGCAAUCAUGGCUGAACUGGUGAAACUGUACAAAGAAUCUGACUUGGGGAUGAGACUUCCUGCUUAUGAUGGCAGAAAGAGUCUGUACACUGCCGGAGAACUUCCUUUUGCUUGGAAGGAGUUCACAAUUAAGUUAAUUGAUGAAGAUGAAGGAGUCAAUGGUCCCAAGAGGGAGAGAGAGUACAAAGUUGUGAUCAAGUUUGUUGCACGGGCAAAUUUGCAUCAUUUGGGUCAAUUUCUUGCUGGUAAACGGGCUGAUGGUCCACAAGAAGCUCUUAAAAUUCUCGACAUUGUGUUGAGAGAGCUCUCUGUUAAAAGAUACUGCCAAGUUGGGAGAUCAUUCUUUUCUCCUGCCAUCCGGAAGCCUCAGCGUCUGGGUGAAGGUUUGGAGGCAUGGUGUGGGUUUUACCAGAGUAUAAGACCAACCCAGAUGGGCCUAUCUCUGAAUAUCGACAUGGCUUCAGCUGCAUUUAUUGAGGCCCUCCCUGUUAUAGACUUCGUUGCCCAACUGCUGGGAAAAGAUGCAAUAUCGAGACCUUUGUCGGAUUCUGAACGUGUCAAGAUAAAAAAGGCUCUCAGAGGAGUGAAAGUUGAAGUAACGCAUAGAGGUACCGUGCGAAGAAAGUAUCGCGUUUCUGGGAUAACAUCUCAGCCUACAAGAGAGCUAGUUUUCCCCAUUGAUGACAAUUCAACAAUGAAGUCAGUUGUUGAAUACUUCCAAGAAAUGUAUGGCUUCACUAUUCAGUACACUCACCUGCCUUGCCUUCAAGUUGGGAACCAAAAGAAGGCUAACUAUCUUCCCAUGGAGGCAUGUAAAAUUGUGGAAGGUCAAAGAUAUACAAAAAGGUUGAGUGAGAAGCAAAUUACUGCUUUAUUGAAGGUCACGUGCCAGAGACCUCGGGAGCGAGAAAUUGACAUUUUGCAGACAGUUCAACACAAUGCAUAUGAUCAAGACCCAUAUGCAAAGGAAUUUGGCAUCAAAAUUAGUGAAAAUCAAGCAUCUGUUGAAGCAAGGGUUCUUCCAGCCCCUUGGCUUAAAUAUCAUGAGAAUGGAAAAGAGAAAGAUUGUCUGCCUCAAGUUGGGCAGUGGAACAUGAUGAAUAAGAAAAUGAUCAAUGGGAUGACUGUUAGCCGCUGGGCAUGCAUCAACUUCUCUAGGAGUGUUCAAGAUAGUGUUGCCCGUGGAUUCUGUAGUGAAUUAGCUCAAAUGUGUCAAGUAUCUGGCAUGGAAUUCAAUCCAGAUCCUGUAAUUCCAAUCUACAGUGCUAGACCUGAUCAAGCAGAGAAAGCAUUAAGGCACGUUUAUCAGGCAUGUCUGAAUAAACUUAGAGGAAAAGAGUUAGAACUCCUUUUAGCCAUUUUACCCGACAGCAAUGGCUCAUUGUAUGGAGAUCUAAAGAGAAUUUGUGAAACUGAACUUGGCUUGAUCUCUCAAUGUUGUCUGACAAAACACGUGUUCAAGAUCAGCAAGCAGUACUUGGCUAAUGUGUCUUUGAAGAUUAAUGUCAAGAUGGGUGGAAGGAACACUGUCCUUCUGGAUGCUAUAAGCUGUAGAAUACCGUUGGUCAGUGACAUUCCAACUAUCAUAUUUGGAGCUGAUGUUACCCAUCCAGAGAAUGGAGAAGACUCCAGUCCCUCAAUAGCUGCUGUUGUAGCUUCUCAGGAUUGGCCGGAAGUCACUAAAUAUGCCGGGCUUGUUUGUGCUCAAGCUCACAGGCAGGAGCUUAUACAAGACCUAUACAAGACAUGGCAAGAUCCUGCUCGUGGUACCGUUAGUGGUGGCAUGAUCAGAGAUCUUUUAAUUUCCUUCAGAAAGGCAACUGGGCAAAAGCCCCAAAGGAUCAUCUUCUACAGGGAUGGGGUCAGUGAGGGGCAAUUCUAUCAAGUACUCCUUUUUGAGUUGGAUGCUAUCCGGAAGGCCUGUGCUUCUUUAGAACCAAAUUACCAGCCGCCAGUUACUUUUAUCGUGGUGCAAAAGAGACAUCACACCCGCCUGUUUGCCAAUAAUCAUCGAGACCGGAGCAGCACAGACAAGAGCGGAAACAUAUUACCAGGCACUGUUGUCGAUUCUAAAAUUUGUCAUCCAACAGAAUUUGACUUCUACCUUUGUAGUCAUGCUGGAAUUCAGGGCACAAGUCGACCAGCACAUUACCAUGUUCUCUGGGAUGAGAACAAUUUUACUGCAGAUGGGAUUCAGUCCUUGACGAACAAUCUCUGCUACACAUAUGCGAGGUGCACACGUUCUGUUUCUGUUGUUCCUCCAGCUUAUUAUGCACAUUUGGCUGCAUUUCGAGCAAGAUUCUACAUGGAGCCAGAUCUACAAGAGAACAAUUCUGCUGCUGGACGUAAAAGUAACCGACCAGCUGGAGAGUCGGGUGUGCGACCUUUGCCAGCUUUGAAAGAAAAUGUGAAAAGGGUGAUGUUUUAUUGUUGA